AUGCCUGCUUCUCUGGACUCUUCCCGGCCCAUCAUGGCCCCUUCUAACCGCGGCUCUGUUCGCUUCAGCACCUACAGCAUGGCUCCCUCACUGUCUCCCACCGUCGGAACCACCGACUCUGCCCACGCCGAGAUCCGCGACAUCGCUACCGGCCUCGACCGCAUGGAGAACAAGGCCCUCUCUUCCCAGCGCGUCAUCCUCACCGACGAGAAGACAGACACCAUGAGCAAGCUCGCCCUCGGCGCAAAGCUCGAGCGUGCUCUCGACAGGAGAAUGAGUGGCCAGGACGCUGUCAUGCGACCUCGCGGCCAGAGUCUCAACGAGAAGCUCAGCGAGAAGGAGUAG